GAAAUGCGCAUCGCACGUGUCUCCUGUUAUCAGUUAUGAUUAUUCAUAAUGCAAGUGCGAGUGAUAAGAAUUAUUUUAGUAACUAGUGAGUAGUGGUUAAUAAAAUUCCCAAAACAGCACCACCGAUGUAAACAUUUACCGCAGGCAUUUCAAUGUCCACAGUCACACCUAAGUUUGAGUUAUGGCCCUACGAACUACUGCUCAGUCCCCCAACUCCAUCACAAUCGACGAAGCGCACUUGGGGCUGGUCCCCACGAACAAGCUCGCUCUAGAUAUUCCAGCGUACUGGCACAAGUUCAUAAUUAGUAACGUUCACGGCUUGAAGCGCAACGACGUGCUAAAAAUACUCUUUGAUUACCUGAAACCGCUAGAGUUUAUUCCGCUGUGUUACACUGAAGACGCUGAAGGGGCUUUUUUCUUCGCUCGGAUGUGCGCAGACCCUGUCGAAAAAUUCUGCAGUGACAAGCUCACCAUACCCAACCCGUCCGACGAAACCCAGCCUUUCAAACUGACAAUCGUCCUCAAAUAUUCCAGCACCAAUAUGGUGAAAGUCGACUUGACGGAAAACCUGUUGAGCGUGCUGCAAAAACGCUUCAAAAACAAAAAUCUGUGUCUAGAUAAGUUUCACGACGACGCAGACUUGAGCGAAUUUUUUUUCUUGUCGCAGCCCAAAUUGCUAGCUUUUGUUUUAAACGUGGCGAAAAAUUUGAAACCUGGGGGUAUCAAGUUGAGUAAUAACGAAAUCGAGACUUUGGACGCGUUCCAAAUUAUGCGCUCUGGGAGCAUCACGUCUUUGGAUUUGAGGCAAAACUUGCUCAGAGAUCUAGCCGAAUUGGAGUAUUUGCAGCAUUUUAAUUUGACUGAACUGUGGCUGGAAGGGAACCCUCUGUGUGAUUUGUACGACGAGUACAACUACGUCCAACAAGUGAUUAAGUAUUGCCCCAAAAUCGAAAAACUUGACGGUUUUUUGCUUAGACAGAACGGGGUUCCGUCGUUUAGGAGGAAUUUCUUGUGCGACGUGUCGGCGUACGAAGUCGUAAACCACUUUCUAGAGCGAUAUUUCCCGACGUACGAUUCUAAAAAUUUCAUCAAACUGGAGACGUUCUACCAAAAAGAUGCCUUAUUUUCGUUGACUGCCGAUUUCUUCCACAAACAGCUGUCUUCCCCUAGCUCCCAGGUGUUCGCGUACAAAAUUUAUUCCCGGAAUUUGCUGCUCCCGCCUCACGAUAGUACAAGAAAUUUGUAUAUAGGUAGUACCGAAAUUAUGAGACUGUUUAAUAUUUUACCGCGGUCGGAGCACGACCCGUAUUCUUUCACGGUGGACGUUUUAUACCACACGCACAAAUGUAUUACUUUGGUUGUGACCGGAGUCUUCCGGGAGAUCCCCAACACGGAACGAAUGUUGGGCUUCAAUCGAUACUUCGUUCUGGAGUGUCGCGACUACACCUAUCGCAUCGCCAACGAACAAAUGCACGUUUUCAAUGCUCUCACGUCGCAACAGAUCAGUGCGUUCAAAAAACCGAGUAUUUUCCAAGAAGCGCGAAGUCCAUUUCAGCGGAGUCAGAUGGUCGACACCUUCGCGAUUAUCACAAAUCUUACCAAAGACUGGGCCAAAAUGUUUCUAGAAGAGUGCCAUUACAACCUGAAGCACGCCAUGUUGCUUUUCGUUGAUAUGUACAAAGGUGAUAAAAUCCCGUUGAGGGGAUUUAAGAAUGCGGAUGAAGCAUGACAGUAUUAUUGUUGAUUUGGAUUGUUUGAAGAUAUUGUUUAUUGCAAUAAAUGUUUCUGUCGUU